CCCGCCGCUCCACCGAGGCCCUGCGCGCCGCGAGGAGCGCGGGGUGGAAAGAAAUGAGGGACAGCAGUAAAGGCCAGCGUUUGUGCGCGUUGGGCUCCUCAGAGCGCUCCUGUGAAUAGGCCCUGUUGUUUUUCCCAUUUUGCAAAGGUGACCAGAGCCACCUGAAAUGUCGAUAGUUCGUUCGUCUGUCCAUGCCAAAUGGAUCGUGGGGAAAGUGAUUGGGACAGCAAUGCAAAAAACCGCUAAAGUGAGAGUGACCAGGCUGGUUCUGGAUCCCUAUUUAUUAAAGUAUUUUAAUAAACGAAAAACCUACUUUGCUCACGAUGCUCUUCAGCAGUGCACAGUUGGGGACAUUGUGCUUCUCAAAGCUUUACCUGUUCCACGAACGAAACAUGUGAAACAUGAGCUGGCUGAGAUCGUUUUCAAAGUUGGACAAGUCAUAGAUCCAGUGUCCGGAAAACCUUGUGCAGGAACUGCCUACCUGGAGAGUCCAAUCAGUUUGGAAACCACCCAUCUAACCAAAACUCCGGAAGAACACAGUACCUCUUCAGAACAGUGAAGGAGGAUUAGAAAAACCAGCCAGAGGGAACGGCUUAUAAGUUUGCUUUAUGGAAAAGAAAUUUUUCUAAGUUUCAUCACAAACUGAUCAGUUUUUCUUCUGGUAUUUAUGAAAUAGCUAAAAGUAAAUGAAUAAAGCGUUUGUUAUAAUUUUCCAAAAA